AUGGCCUUGAGAUUUCAUAAGCUACUCUGCAAUGGCACUCAUAUGAGAACUAAGAAAUCUGGUGUUAUGAAUCUGAAAUCGAUGCUAUAUCACUCUUUGGAAGAAUCUUUUUCUUCCCAAGAUGUCUUGCCUUUGAAAUGGUAUGCGAAUGUGUUUCCGAGGAUUUCACAAUUGACACAUCUGCUGAAAAACGUGGAUGCCAUUAAUGGAAGGCUUGUUGAUGUUACCAGUAAUGCCAUCAUAGUUGAUGAUAAAAUCCAAGAAGAAAUGGGUAUAUUGAAAUCGCUUGUCCGGACCUUUAUUGGGUGUCCGUCACUUCAGCAAAAGGUGAAACGCGCACAGAAAACAAGUCAAGAUUCAAUAUCUCCUUUCAGCAAAGCAAGUGCUAGAGAGCCUAUGGUUGUUGAUUCACUUACUAAAAUAAGCAAUUCUCUCAAUGUCACCGCUCAACAGAGGAAAUCAGUUCGCUUAACAGUGUGCCCCCAAGUGACCCAGCACCGUGUAUGGACAGGUGCACUUGAGGAGAUUCUGAAUGCCAUGAAAGUUGAUUUGGAUUUGUUAACUGUUCGAGGAUCAACCAAAAGUACUCUAAUGGGUAAGCAAAUUGUUCACAACUGCUUGAAAUUUCUGACUGAAACUGCAGUUCCCUCUGAUCCUGACACUGCUUCAUGGAUGAAACUCACACCUUCUAAAACCCUUGAUCCUUCUGAUCCCCACAAAUGGCAAGACAUUCUCGAGAUGAUCAAUGAUUUGAUUGAAUGUUUCAGAAGCGAAACUAUGCUUAAGUUGCAUGUGACCAAGCUCGAGGUAAUGAAGGAGGGUCUCUCUCAAAUCAGAGAUGUUAUAGUUGACAAUAGUAUCGGAUACAAGGAAGCUAGACAUCAAGAAAAUCUAGUACAGAAGAAGCUUACCAAAACAUUAGGACACUCAUCUAGGUGUUUGUUCACUCUAUUGUUAUAUUACCUAUACAGAAGAGUUUCAGAUAUUGAAGUGGAUAUACGUGGUGGGGUUUAUGAAAGUGGAGUUAAAGAUAGGUUUUGCUUGUCCAUGGGAAGAAUUUUGACCUCAGAUGACGAAAAAAUGAUUGGGCGUGGGGUGAAGCAGCUAGACCAGGCACUUGGAAUAUUCAAGUUUGUCUGGGAAACUGCAAAAAUGAAAGGAAACUUGGAUCUGGAAGGCCAUAUAUGGUGUGUUGGAGCAGAAGACAGGAUACUCAGGUACAGAGGAAACAAGUACUUCGUCCAUGGUAUUAGCCAUUGA